UGUAUGAUACUGAGUUCUCUCUGUUCGAAGUUACUGACGGGAGUAGAUGCAGGAUCAUCAUCACCUUCUUCCUCCUCCUCUUCCAUCUUUUGACUCUUCAGUUCUUGACUCUUGAAGCUUGUUUUAUUUUGAAGUUUAUGAGAUAAAAUAGCGAAGAAAUUCUCGAAAUGAAGAUCUUCUCCUUCCUCAACAGAGCUUCACGGCUUCUCCAUGACUCCCCUGCCUGCUCUAAGCUUGUGGUUCUCUGCACUCUCAGUGGUGGAGGUUUCGUGGCAUAUUCAGAAUCACAGUCAGAUGGCUUUGCCAUACCCAAUAUCAAUCAAAGUGAGUGCAAGAAGAAGAGAGUAGUGGUACUUGGCACAGGAUGGGCUGCUACAAGUUUCCUUAAAGAUCUGGAUGUUUCAUCCUAUGAUGUGCAGGUUGUUUCUCCUAGGAACUAUUUUGCAUUUACCCCAUUGUUACCUAGUGUUACCUGUGGAACAGUUGAAGCUAGAAGCAUUGUAGAACCAGUUCGAAACAUUAUAAAGAAGAGAAAUGGAGAAAUUCAGUUUUGGGAGGCAGAAUGUCUGAAGAUUGAUGCUGCAAACAAAAAGGUUUUCUGUCGGUCUAAUUUUGAGUACAGCUUUGUGGGAAAUUUAGAAUUCUCUCUGGAAUAUGACUACUUGGUCGUAGCAGUUGGAGCACAAGUAAAUACUUUUAACACCCCAGGGGUCCUGGAGAGCUGCCAUUUUCUCAAGGAAUUAGAGGACGCUCAGAAAAUCCGUAGGAGUGUGAUUGACUGUUUCGAAAGGGCUGUCCUUCCUGGCCUGAGUGAAGAAGAACGAAAGACCAGCCUUCACUUUGUAAUUGUUGGAGGGGGGCCCACUGGUGUGGAGUUUGCAGCAGAGUUGCAUGACUUUAUCCAAGAAGAUAUAGUUAAGAUAUAUCCCAUGGUCAAAGAUCUAGUGAAAAUAACAGUAAUCCAAUCAGGAGAUCAUAUCUUGAACACGUUUGAUGAAAGAAUUAGUUCAUUUGCUGAACAGAAAUUUACAAGAGAUGGUAUUGAAGUUAAAACGGGAUGUCGUGUUGUUAGUAUCACCAAUAAGGAAAUCACCAUGACGAUUAAAUCUACUGGUGAAGAUUGCUCUGUACCACAUGGAUUGGUUGUGUGGUCUGCUGGCAUUGGGACUCGCCCAGUUAUCAGGAACCUGAUGGAACAAGUUGGGCAGGGUAAAAGACGUGUUCUGGCAACCGAUGAGUGGCUACGGGUGAAGGGAUGUGAAGGAAUGUAUGGCCUUGGUGAUUGUGCUACAAUAGAUCAGCGGAAAAUCAUGGAAGACAUUGCAGCAAUAUUUGAGGCUGCGGACAAGGACAAAUCUGGUACCUUAACUGUUGAAGAAUUUCAAGAUGUGAUGGAAGACAUCAUCAUAAAUUACCCCCAAAUGGAGCUCUAUUUGAAAAAUAUGCAUCUGAGUGGUUGCGCAGAUCUACUGAAAGAUCCUGAAGGAAAUGAUAGGAAGGAGGUUAAUAUUGAGCAGUUUAAGUUGGCUCUUUCACAUGUGGAUUCACAGAUAAAGAGUCUGCCUGCAACUGCUCAGGUUGCUGCUCAGCAAGGCACUUAUCUUUCUCGGUGUUUCAACCAUAGGGAGAUGUGUAAAGAUUGUCCUGAAGGCUCUCGAAGUUUCCGAGGUUCUGGCCAUCAUCAAUUCCUCCCAUUUCGGUACAAGCAUUUUGGGCAAUUUGCUCCAUUAGGAGGAGAGCAAGCAGCUGCAGAACUGCCUGGAGACUGGGUUUCCAUGGGUCACAGCACGCAGUGGCUCUGGUAUUCUGUAUAUGCAAGCAAGCAAGUGAGCUGGCGUACUAGGGUGUUGGUGGUGUCUGAUUGGACAAGAAGAUUCAUUUUCGGAAGAGAUUCAAGUCGCAUUUGAGUCAAAAUUCAGGUGAUCUUGUAAAUAUUCCUGCUGCAGAUCUGGCAGCUGUUAAGCUCUGUGCUUCUUUUUUUUCUUCUUCUGCAGGUGCUUAAUCCCAUUUCUCCUAAUAUUCAUCUAUUCUCGACCAACCAGCCAACCAUAGAAGUUAUAUAUAUUAUGUAUCCGACAUAAGGAAAAUUAUUUUACUGCUGAUUCUAUGUUGAGUUUAAGUUUUCUGUUAGUAA